AUGUGUCGACGUUUGUUUAUUAUUCUGCUCGUUGCUCAAUUUGUUCGUUACGCUACGUUCUUGACAUGGGAAAAUUGGAUUCCGCCAUUUGUCAACAGAACAGAUUUACUUUGCCCUUCUGAUCGCUGUGAACUAGAUCCGACACUGUACGUUACAACUAAAAACCAAUGUUGCACGUGCCAUGCUGAACCUUCUUGGAAACUCUUUUCGUCGAUAUAUGAUUUAGUUUUGGAGUAUUUACGUAGAGGAGGUACAGCUCAACUGAUAGGAAAUACAACCAUUGCUAAUGCACGUUUGGUACAUAGCAAUGGAUUCUUAUCCAAACUACCAGAGAAUGUAUGCGAGUUUGUGAAUUUAGUAGAAAUAGAAGCCACUAAUAAUAAAAUUUCAUCUAUUGGCAAUAUAUCAUGUUUACAGAUGCUCGAUACACUUGACUUGAGUUUUAAUUCCAUUGAGUUAAUAGGGAAUAGUACGUUCCAAAAUUUACCUUUUUUAAGAGAGCUAAGAUUAAUUAGUAAUGGGAUAAAAAUCAUAGAGCCUUACGCACUGGCGGGAACAACGAUGUCAAUUUUUUGGGCCGAUUUAUCAUCGAACAAUAUGACACAAAUUGAUUUUAGUAAUUUAGUUCCAGAAAAUCGGUUUUGUCGUUAUGAUUUUUCUUCAAACAAAAUCGUCGAAAUAGUUAAUGAACAGAAUUUUCAAAUUAAUGUUGACAAAAUAUAUCACGGUGGGUUUGUUGAUUUAGAUGCAAAUAAUAUUACACAAUGGUUUGACUUCAAAGACUUAGGAAUUGAUGACAUUACAAUUCUAGGGAAAAUAAUGCAAUUCGGAUUAUCUUUGCAAGAGAUGAAAUGGACUUGUGAUUGCAAAAUGGAACCAUUCCUCGAACUAACACAAGAUACGCUUAAAAGAAUCUGGCGUGAUUACUAUAAUGUUACAUGUUGGGAUCCACCAGAAUACCGUGGACUAUCGAUAACUGAACAUUUUGUGAAAGGGGAUAAACUUCAUUUGCUUAUUUGUAACAAAACGUCUGCUGAUAAAUGUCCGAAAGAAUGUCACUGUUUUUAUCAACCGAAAAACAGGACAACAGUUGUGAAUUGUACUGGAGUCGGAUUAACUAGACUACCGCAAUAUGUCCCGGAAGGAGAAAACUUAACCUUACUAUUUGGAGGUAACUAUAUAGAAUCUUUAGAAUAUCGGGAAUAUUUUAACAGAUCGUAUACCAUUAGUUUAUCGAACAAUCAGAUACAUACAAUCUCAAGUAAUGCCAUUGAAUCAAUAAGCAACAACGCAAUUCUUGAUUUGUUUGGCAAUGAAAUGGAUGAGCUGCCGCGAGAUUUUCAGUCACUUGACCCCUGUUUAACGAAAUUGGGAAAGAUACACAUAUCUUGCGAUUGUAAUGAUGAAUGGCUGAUAGACUGGGUCAAAAACAAACGAGCAGAACAAUGCAAAAACACAACCGAAAUUAUCUGCCUUAUCGGAGAUAAAUCUGUUUCAACGAUUGAUUUAGAUUUAGGAAUUUUUUGCAAUAAUGACACAAAUUUAAAGUUCUUUAAUAUUAUAGUUGGAAUAAUGAUUGCUCUGCUCUUGGGAAUUUGUGGUGUAAUGUAUACAUUCCGCUACGAACUGUUUAUUUUAAGGAGACGGUUUAUAAGUAAGAGAAGUUCUAAAGUGUAUCCAUAUCACAAAUACGACGUUUUUAUAUCUUUUGGUGAUAAUGACAAUGAACUUCGGAACUGGGUAAUGACAACAUUGGCCCCAUACUUGCAAAAUUUUGGAUAUAGGACUUAUAUACCAUGUAGAGAUGACAAUUUUGGUGAUAUAAAAAAAGACGCGUUGAUAGAUACAAUAAAUAUCUGUAAGAACUAUAUAAUCAUACUCUGUGAGAAAUAUCACACAGAAAAAACCUCUUGGACAACCGUCGAGUGGAAACACAUAUGGCAUAGUUUUAAAUCAAACAAAGAAAGGCAAGUCAUAGUUAUAAAUUAUCAUCAGUUAGAAUCGUCGGAAAUACAGGAAAGUAAACUGAAAGCUUUUGUCCGAGUUGGCAAAGAAAUUGACUUUUCAAACAGGAAGCAUGAUCUUUUCCAUGACAUUAAGGAUAGAUUGGGUUCACCACUACGUACAAACGAUGGACUAAAAUGUGCAAAAACAAAAUUUGCUACAAGAUCAUUACACAACAAUGAGCUUUUUGCACUAGAUAUAUAA